AUGACAACAGAAAUGGAAGAUAAAGAGUUCUACAUUACAUCAUGCACGUACUUGCCCCCUCGGGUGAAUUCAGAUAUACCAUGGUGCACCACAACUGGCAGGCUUCCGACUAAUGCUUUACCAAUGUUGGAGAUGCAGAUAUGUAUUAUCUUUCUUUCAACCUUUCUCUUGCACACCGUUCUGGGUCGUUUAAGAUUCCCCAGAUUCACUUCCAUGAGCAUUGUUGGUCUAAUGCUUGCAACCAGCUUCACAGAAGAAUGGGCUCGGAAGUGUAGAGAGUUGUUCUUUUUUGACUCUCAGGCAAGUCUGGGGAUGCUUUCAGUUUUUGGCUACAUGCUUUUCCUGUUCUACACAGGGGUGAAAACAGACGUGAGUGUGAUUCCCAGGACCAAAAGUAGUGCAGCCACCAUAGGGUGUGUUUCCAUACUAGCUCCCUUUAUAUGCAGCAUGGCUGUUGUGAAUUUAUACUCCACAAAAUACCUGGACAGUGAUCAGGUAGCAAAAGUUAGACUCAUCACUGGUGUGUUCUCGGUGACUCCUUUCCCUAACAUUUGCACAGUUUUAAGUGAUCUCAAGAUUCUGAAUUCGGAGCUAGGUAGAUUAAGCCAGUCCGCAGCUUUGGUUACCGAGCUCUUUAAUGUGGUCUUCACAUCAACCCUUAGUAUCUCCAAAAUCUUGUCUAGUGAUCCACCAAAAGCCUGGUUUUGCCUCACAGUUUUGAUUUUGUUUUUGCUAAUGGUUUUGUUCGUGUAUCGCCCAGCCACGUUCUGGAUCAUAAAACAGACCCCAGAGGGUUCUCCUGUUAGUGAUCACUAUGUGUAUUUCAUACUCAUUAUGGCUUUUGUGGCUUCCUAUAUCACACAUCGCAUUGGAUUUUUGGCUCUCUUUGGCCCUUUUGUAUUGGGCAUGGCUACCCCAGAAGGGCCUCCAUUAGGCACUGCCAUUAUAAAAAAGAUUGAUACUUUUGUUAACUGGAUGUUCAUGCCUCUCUUUGUGACCACAUGUGUGAUGAGGGUGGACCUCAGAGACUUCAUGAAAUGGAGAGACGAAGUGAGUGGAGGAAUCGACCAGUUCAUGCUGCAAGCCCUGAUUAUCAUUGCAGUGACUAGCGGUAUCAAAUUUCUUGUAUGCAUGCUGCUUCCUUUGUACCACAACGUGCCCUUGAGUGACUCAGUGUCUCUUUCUUUGGUCAUGAGUUGCAAGGGCGUAGUUGAAUUGGCUGGAUUCUCUAUAAUCAGAGAUCUCAUGGUUAGCACUCUCUUUCAUGUCUUCUUAGUUAUCACUUGUUCCAUCUUCAUUGUAUAUAAGUUUGACAGCAAAAACAAACAUGAUUCUAGGAUAAUGCUUGUGUUCGCUAUGUCUGUAAUGCAGGGAAUACCAGACAACGUGUUGGCACUGGUGCUAGUGAGCAUAAUUAUAAGUGCUACAGUGGUGCCAUUUCUUCUGGCAUACCUCUACGAUCCCAUGAAGAAAUACGCAGGAAACUACACCAAACGAAACAUCUUCGACCUCAAAAACAACUCCGAGCUUCGAGUUCUCACAUGCAUCCACAGACCCGACAACAUUCCUCCGACCAUCAACCUUCUCGAAGCCACCUUCCCCACCAAAGACAACCCUCUCUGUGUCUACGUCCUCCAGCUCAUAGAACUCAUCGGAAGAGCUGCUCCUGUCUUCAUCUCUCACCAACUCCAAUCCAAGAAAAAACACGACGCAAACGCUUCCAUGGCAGACAAACUCAUCGAUGCGUUCCAAAACUUCGAGCACGAGUUCAACGAUGCACUGGUGGUGAACACCUUCACGUCAAUCUCACCAACCGAGUUGAUGUACGAUGACAUCUGCACUUUGGCGUUGAACAAGUUCACCUCCCUCAUUGUUCUUCCCUUUCACAAAAAGUGGUCUUCUGAUGGCAACAGCAUUGAGAUAGAAGAUGAGUCUCUGAGAGAGUUGAACUUCCGUGUCAUGCGGAGAGCUCCGUGUUCGGUUGGGAUAUUGAUCGAGAAAAUGCAAAUGACGCAUAUUUUCUCCCCCGAGACACCUUACACUGUUUGCAUGCUUUUCAUUGGAGGGAAAGACGAUAGAGAAGCACUUUACUUUGCUAAGAGGAUGACCAAAAAUCCGAAUGUUAGACUCACUGUGGUGAGGUUUUUGGCUAGGAAAAACUAUUCGGAGGUAACGGAUUUGCAGGAACUGCUUGACACUGAGAUUCUGUAUGAUAUCAGGGUUAACGGGAAGGUGGGUGAGGCUAAUGUGAAUUACAUAGAGAAGAUUGUGAAGGAUGGACCUGAGACGGCUUUGGUGAUUCGGAAGUUGGUGAAGGAGUAUGAUUUGAUCAUUGUUGGAAGACAAGCUGGGAUUGAAACUCCUCAAACUUCUGGGUUGUUGCAGUGGAGUGAGUAUCCAGAACUUGGGGUGCUUGGUGAUUUGUUGGCUUCAACUGAUGCUGCUGGCAGGGCUUCUGUGUUUGUGAUGCAGCAACAAAGAAGACCCAGGGAUGCUUGA